AAUCGAUUUUGUUAAAAACAAAAGCAUAAAGAACUCGUUUCUUUUUUAUAUUUACUCAACAAAGAAACUGGUUUGAAGCUAGGUUCAAAAUCCCCGAGAAGAUAAUUGAAUUCAUAAAAUAAAAUCUUCAGAUGAGAUCAAACUGUUGAAAUAGUAGAUUGUUGUUUUACAUUUGUUUAAGAGUAUCAUAAAAAAGUCCAGUAUGUGGAAAUGGUUGGUUUUGGUGUUUUUUCAACUGUCAGUUUUUGACUGUGCUGUUAAAAAUAACAAUAAUAGGUCACUGCAUGUGCCAAAUUUUGCCAACCGUAAUUUAGGUGACGCUAGUUCAACCUGUAAAGCUAAAUAUUGGACCCUUGUAAAAUAUUUUGAUGGCUUUCCGAAGAAUACUGAUAUGACAAUUCGGGAAGAAAAUUUGCCACCACUAAAAAAUGGAGAAUUUUUAGCCAAAGCAGUUUUCUUAAGCGUGGACCCAUACCAGAGAGUACUUGGGUCUUUUCCAGAUCAAGUAAAACUUGGAGAACCAUUUUUGGGGCAGCAAAUAGCACAAAUAGUAGAGACGAAAAAUACAAGAUAUCCCAUUGGAAAAUAUGUCCGUGCUCCAUUUGGAUGGCGAACUCUAACCAUAUCAAAUGGACAAAUACCAGAUGAAGAUAAACCACUGGAUGUUCUACCAGAUUACGGAAAGUUGCCAGUUUCGCUAGGAUUGGGAGUACUGGGAAUGACCGGCAUGACUGCUUACUUUGGUUUACUAGAAGUCUGCAAACCAAAGGCUGGAGAAACCAUAGUAAUAUCUGGAGCAGCUGGUGCUGUUGGUAACUUGGUAGGACAAAUCGCUAAAAUUAAAGGAUUAACAGUCAUAGGAAUAGCAGGAUCAGAUGAAAAAGGAAAGUGGCUUAAACAAGAACUUGGUUUUGAUCAAUUUAUUAAUUACAAAAAAGAUAAUAUCGAUGAAAAGUUGAAGCAGGUGGCACCUAAAGGAGUUGAUUGCUAUUUUGAUAACGUAGGGGGAGAAAUAAGCUCAUCCGUUUUGUACCAGAUGAACGAUUUUGGGCGAGUCGCCGUUUGUGGAUCAAUAUCAGCAUAUAACACACCUGUUAAACCAAAAGUUACUAUUGUCCAACCGGCAAUUCUUUUCAAGCAGCUAAAAGUGGAAGGAUUUGAUAACGGCAGAUGGACAGAUAGAUUCCCAGAAGCUGUUAAACAAUAUUUACAAUGGAUACGCGAAGGAAAAAUUAAAUACGAGGAAACUGUUACCGUUGGUUUCGAAAACACUUUCAAAGCAUUUUUGGGGAUGCUUAAGGGUGAAAAUCGAGGAAAAGCUGUAGUUAAACUAUAGAAAUAAAUUAUUAAACAUUGUACAAGAAACUACUGUCAUUCAAACUUUAACUGUUUAAGUUUUAGAAACAAUCAUAAAUAAUGAUUCAGUAUACAUGGAUUUUAAUUAAUAAUAAUGUUAACAAUGUGUACUUGUUACCUAUGUAUGAAAAAUAAAAAUAAAAUGGUAUUUUUUAUUGUAAA